AUGCCGCUAUCAAACCGCCGCCGCGCGCGGCGCAAGGAAAUCCAACUGCAGGAAACCUCGGACGCAGAGGCACCGGACUCAUCGCCCAGCCGACCCUCCGCAAAGAAGCGCAAGGUUGACCGCCGCGCCUCUCCUCCCCGCAACGUCAAACACGAGUCCGGCGACGAGGCCGAAGACUCAACAGGCGACCACGAACCAGCCACCAAUCAAGACCUGGUCGAUCUAGUCAUCUCAUACUUGAACACGCCCCGCGAAGAACUGCGCGUCUCGCGCGACCACUCCAACACCAAAACCGAGAAUACACAGCGCAUCCAGGCCUACGCGAAGAUCGCCGGCCGCAACUGGACCUAUUACGUCAAAACCUUGCAUGUCAAUAUCGGUCGCGAGCCGGACCGCGAGCCGAGAGCCCCCGAGCAGUCCAGCCCCGUUGCCAUUGCCGCUCGUGCAUUGCCCGAUGUCCAUGUCGACUUGGGCCCGAGCAAGUUCGUAUCCCGUCUACACGCGGAGAUCUUUUACGAUGGCGAGGAGACGCCCGCCUGGCAUAUCCGCGUCAACGGCCGGAACGGCGUGCGCUUGAACAAUGGCAUUAUCAAGCGCGGCACUGAUGCGAUUUUGUCAUGUGGCGAUAUCAUCGAGGUGGCUAAUACUCAGAUGAUGUUCGUGACGCCUGGCGAUGAGGCCAACAUCCAACCUAGCUUUAUUGAACGCGCUCAGCGCAUUGCCAGUGGCCAAGAGCCGGAUCCGGCUUCGGUUGCCUGGGAUGCAUCGCAACAUGCCCAUCCUCUCCAGACGUCUCAGAACAGUGAGGCUGCCCGGCCUUCUUCGUCUGGUGGGCCUUCGUUGGCGCCUGCUCCGCAAUUCCUCAAGCGCCAGGUUACGCCGCCGCCGCGCUCGCCUGAUACUGCCGGCCAGCGCACGGCCAAGCAGUCGCCACUUUAUAACCGUGGUAUGAUGAUGGAGAGCACGGAGGAGAUUGACUACAGCAAUGAUUCAUCUAAGGAUUUGAAGCCGCCGUACAGCUAUGCCACGCUUAUUGCUCAGGCUAUCUUUUCCAGUGAAGAGGAGAAGCUUACGCUGAACAGCAUCUACAAUUGGAUCAUGGACCGAUAUGCCUUUUACCGACACUCUCAGAGUGGCUGGCAGAACUCGAUUCGUCACAACCUGUCCCUGAACAAGGCGUUCCAGAAAGUCCCCCGCCGGACAGAUGAGCCGGGCAAGGGCAUGAAGUGGCAGAUUGCUGCAGAGCAUCGGGAGGAGUACCGGAAGAAGCAGAUGCGCAAGGGUGGCACGCAGUCUUCUGCGCCAUCAUCCCCAGCUACAAAGGAGCCCCCAUCAUCAGCACGCGGAGCACAUGUCACAUCCAUCGACACUUCAUUCUCCGGUACAGCAAAGAAAUCCCCGCCAGUCUCAUCGCCCGGGUUCAGUUCAUUCCCCGUGGCCCCAGUCGAAGCCUACACCCCAGAGCGCGGCUCAAGACUCGGCCGCGGCGUUGGCUCCGACCAUCCCCUCCGCCACAUGAACCCACGCGACUACGAAGAACCAUCCCCGCUACCCGCGCGCGCAAGCCACGUCCAAAACAGCAGCAACAACCUCACCCGCGCAUACGGGAUGUCCGACAAUGUAACGGGCUCCCCACCUGUCCUCUCCUCCUCAUACUACAACGAAGAACCCUCCUCGAUGAUAACGCCCGCACCCCAACGCCAACAACCCCGCCUCCCACCCCCAAGCACAGCACAGAUCCCAUCAAAGUUCAUGCCCAUGAGCUCGCCGGCUCAGUUCUGGAAGUUCGCUGAUAUCGGCUCUACGCCUGCCCGUCCAGUGCCGGAUAUGAGUCCGCUCAAGGGCGAGGUGGAGGAUCGUAUUAUUGGCGGGUUCCCGAGUAGUAGUCCCCCGCCGGCGAACCUGGCUAGUCCUUCUAAGCCUGGGACGUCGAAUGGGGUGGGUUCUGGGCAGAAGUUGCCGCCUAUUCAGACGGAGCCUUCCGAUCAUGGGGCUCAUGGUUCCAGGAAGGAGGAGAGAGAGGAGGAAGAGGAUGAUGGUUCGGGCUUCGAUCUUGCUAGGGGCUUCCAACCUAUCGGUUCAUACCAUCGCCAACUAAGUAACGCUGCUCGUGCAACAGCUACUUAA